UUAGGAGUCGUUGUUGGAAGGAUUGAGAGUGGGGAUCGAGUUACUUGUAGUUGUGCUUACGCGAAACUUUAAACAUUUGCAAUUCGGAAUACAAUAAGAAUGCCUGCGACGACGCUACAUAAAUUUAUAACUUUCAUAGGGCUGAUGUCAAUAUUACACACAGCAUACUCAGCUGCCCAACAUCGGUCAUACUUACGAAUAACAGAACAAGAAUUCAUAGCUCUGCCCAUUGACAUUUUGAUUCAAGGCAUCGUUAGCUUGUUCAUGGUCAUGUAUGGAGUAAUGUACAUCGCCGGUGACUUCAAGGAAAUACGGGCAGUGGUUGAUUUAGAAAACAAAUCUUGGGAGACACUAAGGAAUCUCCCGUCGUUCCAAAUAUUCAGUCACCGUGGGAGAGCCUUGUCUCCCCAAUAUGCACAGUGAAACUUAAAGCUUUGUUGUUACUUUCCAAGAAGACACAAUAAAUUGAUAUGACUAUUUAAAAAGUAAUUUCCUGCUUUGCACUGAUGCAUCAGAUGGACUUAAUUCAAACGUUGUUUAUUAACGAUUUAUUUAUACACGAGUGUAUGGAACGAGCAAAAAAAGACGGAGCAGUGAUAUGAAUUUUAGACCAUGUAUUUAAAAACACGUGUGAAUAUACAUGUUAUGGUUUCUGUAAGCGCAACAGUAAAGUACAAAUAAAAGGUGUAUUAGAAUUUUGUUUCUCA